GACAUUGUUUUGGCGGUAAAGUUGGGUGGAAAGACAUGGUGACGUUCCUCAUUGCUCCAAAUAUGGUCCGGAUUUGUUAACGUAGAUAAAGUAAGGGUUUCUGUGAGAGUUGAACUGGAUAAAGUGUGGGGGUUGCCCUGUGGAAGAUGCCUGACAUCGUUAUUAAUGGCAUUCAGGUUACAUUUCCAUUCCCUCCCUACAAAGUGCAGGAGGACUAUAUGGCAAAGGUGAUCGAGUGCCUCCAGAAUAAAAAACAUGGGGUUCUGGAGUCACCAACAGGAACUGGAAAAACACUGAGUAUGCUCUGCUCCUCCUUGAGCUGGCUACUAGUGAAAAAAGCCCAGCUGCAGGCCCAGGCGUUAAUGGGAGGUAUUGAGAAGCCAGAAUUUGGUGGGAAGUUUUUUGAGAAUCUCACGAAUAGUCUUGACAAUGCUGCUGGGGCAUCAACAGAGGUGUCAGUUCAGAAUCCUAAUUUUGGUUGGGCCAUGCCAAAGAUCAUCUAUGCCUCGAGAACUCACUCACAAUUGUCCCAGGCAAUGCAAGAGCUGAAGAGGACCUCAUACAAACACGUGAAGGUUGCUGUCAUUGGAUCUAGGGAUCAGCUGUGCAUUCAUCCUGAGGUUUCCAAGGAGCAGAACUCUGCCAACAAAAUCCACAUGUGCCAGGCCAAAGUCAGGGCUAGAACUUGUUUUUAUUUUAAUAACGUUGAGCUAAGAAAAGACGAUCCACUUUUUAAAAAUGAAAUUUGCGACAUUGAAGAUUUAGUUAAGAAUGGUCAGAAGUUGAAGUGCUGCCCAUACUUCCUAGCGAAGGAACUGAAGACAUCAGCAGACAUAACUUUCAUGCCCUACAAUUACCUCCUGGAUCCGAAGACAAGAAAAUCUCAGGGGAUUGAUCUCCAGAAUUACGUGAUUCUUCUUGACGAGGCACACAACGUUGAGAAGACGUGUGAAGAGGCUGCAUCCCUCCAGAUCAGUAGCACAGACAUAGCCCUGUGUAUCGAUGAAGUCACAAAAGUCAUGAAGGACAUGGCUGAGGAGAAAGCUGAGGACAUUGGUUUCAACCUCGAAGGCCCUGGGAACAGUGCACAGAAGGAUUUCACCCCUGAGGACCUGUGUGUCCUCAAGAUAAUGUUCCUGGCUGUGGAGAAGGCCGUCGAUGAGAUUCCCUUGAAAUUGGGCAGUGAGGGAGAGACAUACCCUGGCGGCUACAUCUUCGAACUCCUCGAGAAGGCCGAUCUAACCCAUGGGAAAGAGCAAAUAGUCAUCGAAAAACUCGACAAGAUAAUCCUGUAUCUGUCAACAAUCAGCACAUCUCCAUUUGCUAGGCGUGGAAAUUCCUUGCAGAAGUUCUGUGAUUUUCUGAGGACAGUUUUUAGCGGUGGGGGGUCAUCGAAUUCAUUCAAACAUCGCGAGAGAGUUAAGCAGGCGUACAAAGUUUAUGUUCAGCCCGAAGAAGCCAAGAAGAUUGGGAGGAACGAUGGAUGGGAGCCCAAGAAACCUGCUCAGAAGGCUGGAGGGAAGCUCAUCAGCUACUGGUGCUUCAGCCCGGGCUUUGGAAUGCAACAGCUGCUGGAGCAAGGCGUUCAUUCUAUCAUUUUGACUAGUGGCACGUUGUCUCCUUUGAAACCAUUUAUCUCGGAACUGGGAAUUCCUAUUGAUGUGCAGCUGGAGAAUCCUCAUAUCGUCACUGGUAACCAGGUAUGUGCAGGAGUAUUGAGCCAAGGGCCCGACUCUCACCCUCUGAAUUCCUCGUACAACACCCGAAACGACCCAAAGUACAUCUCCGCCUUAGGACGAACCCUCUACAACUUCAGCUGCCUCAUCCCCCACGGUCUCCUGGUCUUCUUUCCCUCUUACCCCAUGAUGAAGAAGUGUCGAGACGACUGGCAGAGCUCGGGUCUCUGGUCGACGAUUUCCGAGAAGAAGCCGAUCUUCGUGGAGCCCCAGACCAAAGACAGCUUCAACAGUGUAAUGAACGAUUUUUACCAGAAGAUCCAAGACCCAACGCACAACGGAGCAAUUUUUCUGGCAGUCUGCAGAGGCAAGGUCUCUGAGGGUCUGGACUUUGCGAACGCCAACGGUCGUGCUGUCCUCAUCACAGGCCUGCCGUUUCCCCCCUUGAAGGAUCCAAGAGUUAUGUUGAAGCAGAGGUAUCUAGAGGAGAUGAGAGUGAAGAACAAGGAGGGACUGUCGGGUCAGCAGUGGUACCAGCUGGAAGCCUCUAGAGCAGUGAAUCAGGCGAUUGGCAGAAUCAUAAGGCACAAGGACGACUAUGGAGCCAUUAUUCUGUGUGACACGAGGUUCAACAACGCAAGUUUCAAGGGACAAUUAUCAUCCUGGUUGAGGCCUCACAUAAAGAACUUCUCCAACUUUGGAAUUGUCACUAGGGAGCUGAGGAAUUUCUUCAAAACUGCUGAAGCCACUCUUCCACAGCCCAAAGGAACCUCCUCGAGGGAGUUCUCACUCCCUGCGGUCCCUGCCAGCUUCGAGUAUAGCAGUAAAACACGUGAAGGGAGCUCCCUCAAGGUGGCAGAGACCGCUGCACCAGAAGAGAAUUUUAAUAUUGAUAUGUACAAGCCUGAGAAGGUGGAGAACAAUUCGAGUGUCAAGAGGAAGGAUUUUUCGAACUCUCAGGCGAGGAAUGUCAUUAACUUUGGGACACUGAAGGCUGUGGGGGGCUGGAGUCAAUCAGAACUUGUCCAGAAUUCCACCUCCUUAGAGCCAGCGCCGAAAAAACGGAAAUUGAAGAUUCAACCGAUUGACUUCACGUUUAAUGCUCAGCCAUCGACGUCUAGAGACUUUGAGGCGGAGAAUGGAAAUGGAUUAGAGAAGAAAAGUCCUGGGGAUGAGAAAAAGGAACUGGGAAGGGUGUACCUGAAGGAGGUGAAACGAUCACUCAGCGACGAUAAUUACAAGAUUUUCGCGAAGAUGAUUCAGGUGUACACGACAACGGGGGAUUUCGACGAGCUCUUAAAGACGCUGGAGGAGUUGUUUCCUGUUGGGAGUGGAUUUGAAAGGCUUUUUAAUGGGUUUAGAAGUUUCUUGAAGAAACAACACAUCUCAGCCUUCGAUACUCACACGAGAAAAUGA